AUGAACGAUUUUCCCGGAAAAUUGGAUUGUAAUAGAGAAGAAUCAGUGAAUUUGAAUUACCAAUACAUAUCGGCUUUUAAGAAUCCCGGUAAAUUGCCGAUUACGCAAAUCCAUUUGGAAAGAGUUUGGUUUGAAUUGAAGAAAAAUGCACCGAAAAACGAAGACAUUUCUAAAGUUUCAAAGGAAGAAUUUGAGAAACGGUAUUAUGAAAGAAAAACCGAAAUAAUUCCUGCCUUAGAUCAAAGAUGGCUGCCCAAACUCGUUCUCUAUCCAUUCGAGCCCUACAAUUUCGCAUCACCCGACGAGGAAAAUUCCAAUUUCAUCGUGAAAAACGUCGAUUUUUCCGAUACUUUGGAUUAUUUUUCGAAAUGCGAUUUCCACCAAUUUUGGUGUUCCGUGAUUUUCGAAAAUUCAUCGGCUGUGUCUCUGAGAAGUUUCCUUUUGAAUCCGAUAUUUCCCUAUCAAAUGAAACAUUUGAACGGGGAAUUUUCCGAUUUAUAUAGGGUGAUAUUAGAAAAGUUUUUGUUGGUGUACAAAAGAUUGAUCAAGUUCGAUUUUUCCGAGACUGAGAAUAUACCCGAAAAAUACGGCUUGGAAGUAUUAAAGAAGAGGCAACUAAUCAACUUACCCAUUGUCAAUACAUUAACCCUACUAUACAAAACAAUCGACGGCGAUUUCGCGAAUCGUUUGGCCUACUUGUAUUUCGACGACGUUUCGGAGAUCGAUUUUCGAUCGAAAGAAAUCGAAAGAUCGAUCGAGCAAUCGAUAAUGACUCUCCGGAUCAUAGAAGGCCGCCUAACCCCCAAUCACCCCCAAAUCCCACACCCGUCAAUUCCUCCGAAACCUCUGCAAUUCGACCCGGAAUGGGUCCAAUUGACGGUCGACUAUCUCCUCCACAACAUGGCGCUUUUUAAUUCGCUUUUCCGCUUUUCCGAACGCCCCGUAGGCGUUUGUUUCGACAAACAAUUGCCGUUCGAAUUGCCCCGAACCUACGUCGCCAUAUACAGGGCGAUUUACGAGUUAAUAGGCGACGAUAGGGAGGAAUUCGAGCAAGCCGAUUGGCUCAAAUGGAGAAUUUUCGAUUCGAUUCGAGCCGGCCGUGAGGAAUUCGUCGAUUGUUUUCAUUCGUUUGUUUCGUAUUGUCUAGACGAAACUUUGGAGAACGUGGGUGAUGAUAAAAAACAGGAACAAUCAGUAGAAAUGUAUUUGAAAUUAUUAAAUGCGGCCCUGGACGAGGAAUUUUUCAUCAGCGAUUACGAUGCAAAGUACAGCGUUGCCAAUUCGAAUGAAAUUAUUGAAAGUUGUACGGCUUUAGAUUCCACGCGAACGGAAUUUAUAAUUUCCUGCAUCAACAAAUUGCCCAGGCGGAAAAUUCUCCACGAAUUUUCGGAAUUUUCCAAAUCGAAACUCGAAAAAAUCGAGGAAAUCUUCAAAAAAUUCAAACCCGUCGACAAUGCGAAAGAGAAAGUCAACGAUUAUGAUGAGCCGGAAAAACGACGGGAAUCAUCGCACGGUGAUGAUGAACGAGUGCAAGAAGGACGUGUAGAUGACGAAAUGAUCGAGGAGAAAAUAAGGGAGAUAAUGGCGUUGUUUCCCCAUUUUGGUGAUGGUUUCGCCUUGCAAUGUCUGCAAUGUUACAAUUUCAAUGAAAUCCAAGUAAUAAAUGCCGUAUUAGAAGAGAAUUUGCCGCCGCAUUUGUACGAAAUUCCAUUCGAUUCCGUCCGAAUACCGCCGGAAAAACCAGACGAAAAUGAUAAAAAAUUGACCGAAUAUCGCGGCAAAAAACAAUCUUAUGAUGACGCGUUGACUUUGCUAGACGAUAAAAAAGACAUUGCCGAAUUGAAGAAAUUCGUAUUGGAAGGCGUUCAAUACUCGGACGAUUAUUUAUACGACGACGAAUACGAUGAUCGUGACGAUGACGACAUGCCGAUCAAAGUGGCCGAUGAUCAUCAUCACACUGCUGAAAGAGAUGAUGAAAACGGCGGAAAUCCCAAUAGGAAAUACUGGAAAAAGAUGGCUGAAAAUUCGUCCGAUAGCGAUGAUGAUGAUGAAGACGACGGAAAUGGCGCUGAGGCGGGUAACAGUAAUAAUGACGGGAAACGGCGCAACUUUUGCGAAGAUCCCGCCGUCUUGCGGGCGCGCAGAGAGGCGAAAUUCCAAGCGGAAAACCGCGGAGUGAGAAGGGAGAAGAAAAACCUGGCCGGAAAGCCGAAGGGCCAAGGCCAAGACAAGGAGGUGCUGAAGGAGAGGGAUAGGAAGAACACGGCAAAAUCGUCGAGGGCGAAUCACAACAGGAAAGUCGGGGCGAGUUGGAAGAGGAAUAGGGGAAUGUUGCCGAUGUGA